UUAUGUAAUCUAACCGCAGAGACUUCAACUCACAUAAAAGCAAUGCACGUCCAGUGCACAUAGAUCCAUACAUCCAUCCAUCCACCCGUCCAUCCACCCAUACAUUAUAUAUAUAUAUAUAUAUGAGGGAUGGAGAGAAAUUGCUGCAUAAACAUGAAAAAUAUAUGCACGGUAAUACCUCAGUUUAUAACUGGUCAUUAUAGCAUGAAGUUUAUGUGAAAUUUAUGUUUUUCUGCUUUUACACACACAGACAGACACACACACACAUACGCACGCACAUAUUUAAUACAUAAUAAUUAUAUUAUAUAAUAACAACGAUAUUCUGUUAUAAAUAUACCAUGAGAAAAUACAAUAGGUUUAAGGUAAAUUAACAAACAAGUCAAAACAAACAACUGAAUAAUAAGUCGAUAAGCACUGAAACCACAAACAGUUCCCACAAUCCCCGUGUUGCUCAUGGCAACCAAAAACUGAUAAUGUCGCUGGAAGACGAAGUAUUUCAAGUCUGCUGUUUUUGAUAAUUUAACAGAUCACGUGAUUUGCCAAAAAAGGAAAAUGAUAAGUGUUAUUGAAAAUGAUAUUUUGUGCCCUCAGUAUGUCUCAAAAGCUAUGGCACCAAGAAAUCCUAAACUUGUCAAAGAGCCCGAAGAAGACACCCAACUUAUUCCAAGCGUCUACCUGAAGAACAUCUCUAUGACAACAGAAGAGAGAUUGAACAAUACACAUACAAUGAGGAUUCCAGAGAAAUUGCAACUCCUCGAAAUGGGAGAUAUAGUUCAUCACAAAAUCUCAACUGUGAAUAUUAACGAACCCAUUUUCCAGCCAUUCCCAUCAGAAAUAUUCUUCCAACAAUAUGAACCUUUCAAUGUUUAUGAAGUACCUUUGCUUCUUGAAAAUAAAGACAGAAUACCACGUACUAUAAAAGUGAAUCAAGAGGCCUCGCCUUACUUUAAAUUGAUCCCUCCUCCUGAUGCACACCUCAAAGUGGCCCCAGGGCUAGCACUUGUAUUCAAGGUCCAGUUCACCCCAGAAGAAAAUAAGGAUUAUGAACAUGAGAUUGUGUGUACGACAGAAAGGGAGAGAUACGUUGUACCAAUAAAAGCCAUUGGAGCCCGUGCCAUUGUGGACAUCCAAGACGAGAUACACUUCCCAACCUGUCCAGUACUAAUGGCAUCGACUAAAACUAUUCUUCUCAGAAAUAUUGGUAACAGAGAUGCCAAGUUUUCUUUCUUUACACUUCUACCUUUCAGUGUUUCACCUGUUCAUGGAACUAUUGCUGAAAACGCCAAUAGCCAGGUAGAUAUAGAGUUUUACCCGACAGAAGUGGGCAAUCAUCAGGGCCAACUAUACCUCAGAUAUGACACAGGUGAAGUUUUGUUCAUAACACUGCAUGCUGUUGCUCAAGACAUAAACAUACGCUUGGACAGAAACUCUGUUCGUAUUGAAAAUACUUUUAUCUCUCUGACCAAUCAGAGAAGUGUAUUUAUUCACAACCGGACAAAUGUUGUUGCCAAAUACAAAUGGACCAAUUUUCCUACGUGGAAUGAAGAGAUACAUCAAAAACAAAGAUUUAUCUCUGAUAUUGAACAAACAAGGCAGGCUGAGAUAGAAAACUUUAUACGGGAUUAUAUUCGAGAUCCUUCAUUACAUGACAAGAUCUCUGUAAUGAAUCGUUCCUAUCUGAACAGGAGAAAGUUGAUUGAAGAAGGCAGUGGUCUGUUUUAUGAUGAAGUCUUCAAGAUUGAACCAAUUGAAGGAGAGAUUUGGCCUAACCAAACAAUGCAAAUAAAUAUUAUGUUCAAACCAUUGGAAGCAAAGUCUUAUAUUAAAAUGGCAUAUUGCGAAAUCACUGGUAGGGAGAACCGUCUUCCAUUGCAAUUGCGUGGUGAAGGGAAAGGACCCAAAGUUCAACUGUCUGUGAAUGUCAUGAAUGUUGGACCGAUUUUCAUUGGUUCCUGUCAUUACUAUGAAGUGAUUUUAGCUAAUCACGGACAGAUUCAUGCCAGUUAUGUUAUCCAAAAAAGUGUCUCUACAUUUGCCUCCUUUUUUACUUUCAAACCGAAUAAUGGAACUGUCCAACCGGGAGGUCACCAAGCAAUACGAGUAAAGUUUCAAGGGAGUAGUUUGGGAGAUUUUGACGAAGUCUUCAGAUUUCAAGUGGAGGGUCGACCUCAACCAGUGGAACUCAAAUUCAGAAAUUUUAAGUCCCAUUUACGUUCUUUUUUUAUACCUGUGCCACACCUAGAACCAGCCCUGGGUCAGAUCUUUGGUUUAAAUUAUAUUUGGUACUUACAUGUCUACAAUAUCUUACUAACACAAGAUACCUUCAUGGUUGUUUUACCUCACUGUUUCCAGUACACGAAAACAUUUCAAAUGCACAAUACUUCAUUGAUUCCAAUGAAUUUUCGGCUCCAUGUGCCAGGAGAUGGCCUUGUUGACAGUAUUCCAAGUAUAAAAGGAAAUUUUUAUCCAAAGAGAACUGAUAAACAAACCAUACCACCCAAAGAAUUCAAAAUCAUCCCAUCAGAGGGCGUUGUUGAAGCAAUGAGUUCACUCCAAAUGAUAGUUCAAUUUGUGUCCAACACUGUGUCUCGAUAUGAAAUGGCUCUCGUCGUGGAUGUUAUUAAUGUCGCAGAUCAAGUGUUCUCGAUGCCUAUUACUGGCAGAUGCUUGGUUCCCACAGUUGUUGUAGCAAAUCCAGUUCUGAUGUACCACCGAUGUUUCUUGAACUAUCCUUACACACAAUAUGUCAAGCUGCAAAACCUCUCCAAUCUCCGAGCUCGUUAUGAUCUUGAGCCACAAGACUCUGACAAAAGGUCAAGCAUUUCAUACUGUAGCAGUGAACCAUCAGGAAUCAUUGAACCUUUUAGCUCUUUUGAUGUACCGCUGACUAUAAAAACUGGAUGUCUCAGAGAUUUGGUGGCUCCAGCCUAUUUUAAAGUCUUUGGUAGUUCUGAAUAUAUUACAGUUGAGAUUUCAUGUUAUGGGGAAGGACCUGUGGUACACGUCACACCACUUGAGGUUGACUGGGGUACCAUUAGUGUACUGAAGGACGUAGAAAGGAGAAUCACUUUGUUAAAUGAAUCUCCAAUUCCUGCUACCUUCGAAGCAAGCAUGAGCCGACCGAACUCAUUCUUUCAUGUCAGUCCAAAGGAAGGAGUGAUUUUACCCGAAGAAAAAAUGAUUCUAACAUUGAAUGCCAACAUUAAUGAUAUCAUUAAUUUUGAAGACAAGAUUAAUAUUAAAUUUGGAGACAAUUCAGAAAGAUUUGUGAUCUUGAAAGCAUUUGGUGAAGGCAGUACCAUUGUGGCUGACCCACCACUGUCAUCUGUCUUAAACCUUGGCCCACAUUUCAGUAACAAAACUUUAAAAAAGAGAAUAGUUUUCACUAACAAAGGUCGACGGCAGCAACAAGUUAACUGGGUCAUCCAAACAAAUACGUUACAUUUACCAAAACUUAGCAAACAGGAGACACAACUAUCAAAAUUAAGUGAUAAACAAAUUUCUGCAAAGACUUCUACUUCUCCGGAAACCAAAGCAUCAGUGUUUGAAAUAAUUCCUCAUCGCUUCAAAUUAUUGCCUGGUGAAAGUAUGGGUGUAUAUUUGAAAGGUUUUGUAGAAAAACCUGCUGAUAUCAAUGAGAUAUUACAUUGCUACUCAAUUCUUGGCAAGCAUGGCGGCAAGAAGUUGGUCAUCAAUGUCAACGUCAAAGCUCAGUUCAUCGACCCGUUACUGGAUUUCUCCAGAGAAAGCAUCUUCUUCAGAACUGACAAGAAAAUACAAAUAGAUGUUGGUGAGGUCUAUUCCUUAAAGAUCCAGUUCAAUCCAUGUUAUAAAGAGGAUUUAUUCACCCGAGUUAUUGAACAAAACCUCACCAUCAGCUAUGAUGAACAUCCUCACAUUGAUUAUAUCACUUUACAUGGAGAAGUUUACUUUCCCAACCUCACUUUUGAACAAACAGAAGUCGACUUUGGCUGCAUCAUGAACAACAGCUCUGAAACAAAGAUAAUAAAUAUUAUGAAUAAAAGCCCAUUGGUUGUGAGAUACCAGUGGACAAUGUUCACAUUGGAGUUAACCAAGAAAGUGGUGAAUCACGAUAUGAUUAAGAAUCCUGACUCCACAGCUUCAAAUAAUGGUACAGAGUCAAAGUCAAAAAUGUCGACAGUUGCUAUGGAAGACUUGGAAAUUUACAAGGACUUUGACUCCGAAUUGUUUACUAGUGUUGAUAUCAGCUCAACUAUAAUGAAUGUAGGAAUUCCAGAUUUGUAUGGCGGUGCUGCUUGUACAAUUUUGAAUGAACUUGAUGAAGAGAAUUCUGGCAAAGAUAAUUGUCAGGCCUUUAAUUUACUUCCCAUGAAUGGUGUAUUACAUCCAGGACAAGCAGAACUUGUCAAAGUGACAUUCUUUGGACAUGCUAACACAGCAGCCCGCGUGACAGCCAUGUGUACUGUUGAAGGGGGUCCGACGUAUUGCAUCCAGUUGUCUGGAGAAGCUUCGUACCUAAGUUACAAAUUUGAUGUUUUGUCAAUUGAUUAUGGAGAACAGAAAUAUGACCAAGUGGCUGAAGCUACCAUUACACUGACCAACACUGGACUUGUUGGUUGUGAUUUCUCCGCCAUAAAUAUAUUAAAAAUGGAAGAUGAAAUUCCUCCACAGACUCCCAUUGUAGUUCCAGGAUCAGGUCAUAUAAAAUCUGGUGACAGUCAGGUUCUCACGGUCAAAUAUCUUCCUGGUUUUCCUGUCAAGUUCAAUUCCAGUUUCAGCAUUCAAGUCAACCAUUUCAAACCAGAGACAAUAACACUCGUUGGCAAUGGCAUUUUCCCUCAUUUGCUUCUCAACUUACCCAGACGCAAAGGCGAUUCACUUUAUAAAAGAUCGUUGAAGGCUGCAAAAGCCCAUCUCAGUAAAGAGGCUGCUUCUGGCAAUGCUCCGAUGGAAUCAAAGACAGAGAAAGAAAAUGAUGAAGUUGACAAUGUAGAGGAAAAAGAAGAAGAAACUUUUAAAGAGACAGAAUUACAAAAGGAAGUCGACCGAGUGGCUGUGACGUUCUGUAUUAAUGGGCUGGAAAGUGAGAGUAUUUGCAGGUCAGAUUUAGAACUUCCCUCCUUUGUGUUGGAUCAGAAGGGAUCGUCUUCGAUUAUAUAUAGUAACACCAGAAUUCUUCGAAAGGAUUCUUCCAAAAUAUGGAAACAAAGGUCGCCAGUUGCCCUGAACAAGAUAACAAACGGGCCACAAAUUAUUGUGUCUCUUCGCGCUCACAUCACCAUGCCAGAUAUGGAAGUUUCUCAUGAUAUACUGGAUUUUGAAAAUGUGAAAUGUGGUGAGUGUAAAAUAAUGAGCACCCAACUUCAUAACCACCAAUAUGUUCAAUGUGAAUGGAGCUAUCUUCCAUCUUCGGCCAGGAAACUUCUGGCCAAAAAUGAAACACAAGACACAGCAAAUAAAAAAGCUGCCUUGAGACCACGUAAGAACUUUGAAAUAAUUCCUCCCUCAGGAGUACUCCAGCCAGGACAAAGAGUAAAUAUUCAAGUAAAAUUCAUGCCAACUGAAGGGAUUCUUCGUCUGAUGCGAAGCUAUGAUGAUUAUAAAACCUUGCUUUUACCACCUCGUGCUGCUGGAGAGAAGUUACCCCAAGAACUGCUAGACUUUUAUAGAGCACGGAAAAAAAGACUUGAAGAAAUGGAGAAAUCCCACAAAGAAGGAAUGAGUGUGUUGAGCUCAGUUUCUGAGGACACACAAGAGCAAGAAGUCAAAGAAGAGGCAGAAACUGAUGGUGUCGAGGCCAAAAAAUAUGAUUCUUUAGAGAAUUUAAUAGAAGUGAUUAUACCUCCUUUCAACAGUAAAUGUACGUCACCUGAAAAUAUGGCUUUCGAAAGCGUGGAUCCAGGUGAAAAGUUGAAUGUUGAAGACAUAGAUGAAGUGAAAGCGAGAGAUGCUGACAGUUCUGGCGUUGGGGAACUUGAAAUGACACCAGUUGCUGCUGCCAUCACACGUUAUCUUGGAAUUGAUCUGUCUCCUGAUGGUCAAGCAGCACGAAACAGAAGGGGAAUAGCCAUCAUCAUACAUGGGUCACCGUUUUCUGGAAAAUCCACAACGGCUGCUGACAUUGCACAUUACUACGAUGCAGCAUUACUGAAUAUUGAUGACGUUGUCACAGAUGCAAUUUCAAAGGGUGCGACACCAGCAAGCUUAAAAGCCCGGGAACUCUGUGGAGAAGCUGCCCAGCGCAAGAGAGAAGAGCAAAGAGCACUAGAAGAGAGCGAGGAGAAAAAAGCUUCUUCUGGAUUAGAAACCAACAAUACAUCUGGGGGUGCUUAUCCCAGAAAGGUCAGUAACAUGGGCAAAGGACUCGCAGGCAUGAACGCGGUCGGCAACAGAGGUGCUGAAGCUUCUCAGAUGCAAUCAUGCAGCCCUCCACCACUUGUGUACCCCCCUGUUAAAGAAUUAAACCUUAAAUCUGGAAUUUCUGGGGAAAGUGGACUUGUAAGCUGUAUCUUACCUGAAGAUAUUCUUGUUGAAAUUUUAGCUGAGCGUCUACAGAUGCCUGACUGCCACAAAGGUGUUGUCAUUGAUGGUAUCGAAAGUAUGUUCAGUCCCAGCUUCCUGUCGCUUGAACAGGUCAUCCUUAGAGCCUUUAAUAACAGACGGUACAUUUUUCAUAUCAGCCUCAGACUGGAUUUCGGUACUUACCAAAACAGGAAAAAAGAAUUAAAAGCACGAGAAGAAAAGCAGAAGAUUCUAGAAGAUGAACUGGAGAGGAAAUGGAUUGAAGAAAUGUCCGAGGGAGAGUAUGAUGCAAUGUCCGAGGAACAAAGGGCCCGAGUAGAAGACCGAUUAAUGGUAAUAAAGAAAAAUAGGAUGAGAAGGGAAAUUAAAGAGAAAGAAGAAAGAGAACGUAAAGAACGAGAAAUGCAGGAGGCGGAAAACCGGCGCCUAAUGGAAAUCAAAUCAAAGAAAAAAGGGAAACGUCCUGCACCACCAUCGAAUGAAAAAGACAAAGACAAGAAGGCUGGCGCUCCUGGUAAAGGAGCGACCCUUGGUGAAAAGGGUGGGACCAAAGGAUUUGGCCAUAAAUAUGAAGGUGAUAGUAAAGGUGGCCUCACAGAACGUCCUGACUCCCAGGCCACCGAUCGGAAUGACAUGCCAGACGAACGCCGAAAGAAGUCUGUUAGAAAAACCGGUGGAGACGCAUCAUCUAAUAAAGGGAAAGAAGAGAUUCCAGAAGAUCCAUAUAAAGAACUGACCAAAGAAGAAUUACUUGAAAUGCAGAAGUUCCAACUUUUUGACAAUACUUAUAAAGACAUAAUAGAGAUAUUGGAAUUUUGGGACCGCGUCUCAUUGCAAGCCAAAUAUCCACUGAGUCCGUCAGAGAAAUCUGAAGUGGAAGACGUUGGUGGCCAUUCAGCGAAAAAGAAUGUUCGAGUGAAAGACAAAUUCCGCGACUCAGAAAAGGAGAAAGAAAAGUUUCAUCCAUCGGUCACACACUUGGAAAAGAAAUGUUCUGCGAUUUACAUUUCUAUAGAUGAACCUGAAGUCAAUAAAGAAAAGGUCGAUCCUUCUCUUGGAGUUCCUCACAUCCUCAUUGAAUGUACCGAAACUGAAACAUCCUAUCUCAAUCAAAUCUUGAAUAGCAGCAAACUUCCAGUUGUUACUGAAGUUUUAGAUGGCCUGGGUUUAGGCCCCAAAGGUCCACCUAUACCACCCCCAUCUACAUUUGCUGUUGUACAAUACCCAGUGAAGAGAAAACCUCCAGCUGGGGCUGAUAUAUUGAAACAAUACAUAUUUGUGGCCUCUUCUCCUUCAGAUCCAAACAUUGGCUUUGAGGAAAAGUCUAAAGAAUCUGAUUUUGAAGAAGUUCAGGUUAUUGAGAAAGAGAAAGGAGAGCGAACGACCCAGACCAGUCGAUCGAAAACAAAAGCUGACAAAACAAAACUUUCCUCAGAUUCUGCGAAACGAAGAAGUGCAGAGAAGAAAAAAUCAUCCCAUCGUCUGUCACAGUUUGCUAUUCCUUCUCCAUUGUUUGGAGUCAGUUCACCUGGCUCUGAUGAUAUUUUCAGUCCUGGAACUCCACAUUUGGAAUCCAAGAAACUGAACUACUUCAGAUGGAUUGUUCCUGCAAAUGGUUACACCACUCUUAGGGUUCGUUUCUUAUCUGAAGAAUUGGGAGAAUUUAACCAGACAUUGACUUUUGAAAUCCUUGGCACCAAGAAGCGCUAUCAAAUAUUCAAUCAUGGCCUCUGUGUUUUCCCAAGUAUUUGUCAAGAUCCAAAGGUCGUUUUUAAGCGACACCGAAAGAAGAGGGAACCUGACGAGAUCGUUCAUAAAAGAUAUGUCAUGUCAUCAGAGACCUUUGAAUUUGGUCCUCUUCUGGUUGGAAGAUAUGCUGACAGCCUCCAUCCAAUCAACAAGUACAAAGAAUUCCCAGAGAAUCUGGAAAUCCUAACUAUUAUGAAUACUUCCCCGAUAGAAGCAGACAUUAGUUUUUGUUUUUUGAAAGACACAAAAGCUGAAACAUUUUCUUUAGAUCCUCCAACAAUGAUUCUGCCCCCACAAAGGUCAAAACAUCUUGCUGUGUGGGCUUUCCCUCGUUCCGUGAAAUUAAUUGAAGAUGCAAUUGUUUGCUGUGUGAAAGAAAAUCCAGAACCAAUUUUAUUUAAAAUCAGCUGCGAAGCCUUCCGUCCUGAUCUUGAUUUGGACAGGCGAGUGUUCCAGUUUGAUAAAGUUCUCAUAUUAAGAGAAGAAAAACGUACAAUACGCAUGCGUAACCGUACAAAAUUGCCUGUUGGUUGGAAAUUGACUGGAAUUGAGAAUCUAGGAGAAGAGUUUACUGUUUCUUCUACUGGUGGAGUUGUUCCGCCUUUAGGUGAGACCCCUCUAUAUGCCUACUUUCAAGCAAGGAAGCCAUUAGUAAUGGCAAAGAAACAAAUAAGAUUGGAGAUCUUUGACAUUGAUAAUACUGUGAAAUCUUCAUCUGAAAUAAUCAGCAUCUUAGGAGAAGCUUAUGAUGUUGCAGUUGAUAUCAACUUUCCCAAAGCCAUGUCGACAGAUGAAGACCGGUGCCUUGACUUUGGUACAGUGCGAGUUUCUGAAGAUGCAAAACAAACAAUAACAAUAAAAAACAAAGGCAAAUACGACAUCUUAUUUGAAAUCGUCCCCAACACUGACCCAAUAAUCUGUAAGGCCUAUGCUGCCUUAUUUUCCAUUUCACCUGUGAAAGGUAUCCUUGGUCCACUUGACCGUCCGCUCUCUUGCCAAUUGUUGUUCCGAACUCAUACUGAAAUAUCAAUUAAAGACCAAAUCAUAUUCCGUUGCUUGGUCAUAGACCCAGCUGGAGACAUUCUUGUGGCCACACUGCCAAUCCGAAUAUCUGUACGAGCAGUAUAUAGCAAUUUAUUACCAUUAACUAGAAUUGAACCAGUACAGGCUCGGUGUUCCUUGGGCAUUUUUAAUAUAUAUCCUGCAACUGGUAAUAUUCUGUCAGGAGCACAAACUACUGUGAUUGUUGAAUGCUCAAGUGAAAAUCUUGGACUUUUUGUUGAGGAAUUAUGUGUUGACAUCAGUGAACAUGAUCCCAAGAAAUUACCGCAUGGCAUUGUUUAUUUGUUAAAAGCUGAGAUUUGUGCACCAUCCAUUUGUGUCGAUGAUAUUGCCAAAAUCUUUGAAGAACAUCGCAUUUGCAAAAGUCUUUCACAUUGGCGGCAUUACAACAAAAUUGACAGUGGAGGUGUUUAUGGUGAAUCAGAAAAGAAGUUUAUGUUCAGUAAUGUAAUUGUUGGCAAAAAAGCAAAAGCUCGGUUUAAGAUAAUUAAUACCAGUAAGGUUCCUUGUGAUGCAAAUAUUAUUGUGAAAAGCAGUCAGAGUCGUGGCAGUGGUAAGCACCAACAGUUAGAAGUUUUUGAUGUGGAACCGUCAAAAGCCCAAAUCCUCAACCAUAGUCAUUUCUUUGUCACAAUCACAUUUUCUCCCCUGACAAUGCAGAUGUACACGACCACUUUUGAAGUUUCCGUAGAAUCCCCUAUGAACAUCAAACCCGAAUCGCUUAUAUUCGAAAUCGCUGGUGAAGGUGUCCUGCCCAGAGCUGUUGUCAGCCAACCAAGCAAUCGUAACCAGAAUGGACAACCAUUGCUCCUAUUCAAACAAAACUUUGUUGGAGAUUCUGAAACAUUAAAAAUAGUGAUUACAAAUGAAGCUUCUCUUCCUUGCAAGGUUGAUCUUGAUUUGAUUGACACAGAAGAUGUCUUCUCACUGAAACCAGUCGUUAACAAACUUAAAGUUGAUGAAUUCACCCAACAAACGGAACAAUCUGUUAAAAAACAGUUGCAUACUGCAUCAGUCAGCCUUGAUUGUAACCAGAAAGCUGAAUUUGAUGUGACCUUUCAACCCAAAGAAGCUGUUAAAAGCCAGGCCUAUGUGCAUCUGGUGGUUCAUGACAAUCCAUACGAGAGUACAUCGAUACUUUUGGUUGGCGAAGGUUACUUUGAAGAAAUCACAUUUGAUGACAUUUAUCUGGAUCCAAUGCUGGAAUUGAAAUACCAGCAUGAAGUACUUGGAAAGAACCAAAUCAGAAAAGCUAAUACGAUGUUGUUUGGGGAUUGUCACAUUGGGAAAGCCAAGACACAGAGUUUAACCAUCACAAACCGAUGCCAACAAGAAACCAUUUGUUUCCAAUGGCUGACCAAAGAACCAUUAACGUUUUCCCCCCAGAUGGGACACCUACGUCCUGGUCAAUCUAAAAAUGUCGUUCUAACAUUCAAGUCCUACAAACCUAUCGUCCUUCAAGAAGAGGUCAUACCGUGUGCAGUGAAGAAAAUCACUUUUGAGAAACCACUCUCUCAGGUUCCAGACUGGGAUGAUCGGAUCCAUGUUAUCAAAUGGGUUGAAGUGGAGUCGACACCUCUGAGUAAUGCACCUGAUAUGGUCGCUGUCAAAGAGACUCCAAAUGCUAUGUUCCGCAAGAGGAGAAAAGUUGUGGAAAUUGAACCGGAACCAGCAAAUACUGUGAUUCCUGGCACUGAGAGAGAAAUUGGUUUGUUUAUUAAUGGAACCGCUGAGUAUUGUAAAUACGAAUGCCACACGACUAGCAUUUACUUCAAGGAUACUUACAUGUUUCAAACAAGAUCUUUCCAAUUUUGUUUAACAAACAAGGAAAUUGUUCAGCUGGAAUACAGUUGGCAAGUUGUGUUGGAUGAAGUACAGUUGAGCAGUAAUUUGCCAGAAGAAGAGGUGAACCCCAGUCCUUCUGUACAAACGGACACUUACAUUCCGAUUACCAUUGAACCUGAUUAUGGCACCAUAGCUGCCGAGACGUCCUGCACAUUUACUGUGAAAUAUUCUCCUUUGAAAGCUGCGGAAGUCUCUGGAAAACUUGUUUGUUGCAUUCCCAACCUUGAAGAAGAAGUCGAAGCACCCACCAUUAUAAUAAAAGCCAAAGGCCUGAUGCCAUAUUGCCAUUUUGAUGUCAAAGAAUCUGACUACAUCCGCAAUGCUCGCCGAGACCCAAAGCAAAGUGGCCCUGCUGGAGCACCUCCCUCUGCCGUCCUUGAUCCCAAUAUACGAGCCAUUGAAUUAGAAUGUGUUGGACUGCAAUCAAAAAUUUCCAAAACAUUUCCAAUUUUCAACCCAACUGACGAGAGAUACACCUAUGAAUGGAUUUGUCAAGAUGAGAAACCCCCUAAGAGCAAUGCAGGCUUCAGCUGUUUAACCUCUCGAGGGUCCGUAAAACCAGGGAAAAAAGCUGAGAUGGUAUUUGAAUUCAUGCCAUAUGAAAUCGGUUACAGUGAAUCAUUUUGGGAGUUUCAAAUUGCACAAAAGAAUAUCAAAAUCCCUUUCCUUUUUGUUGCUAAUGUCCAUGACCCUGACAUCUUAUUCGACCGAUCACACGUAUUGCUCAAGCGCCUGGUUGUUGACCAUUCUAUAACAGAAAUCGUUCAUCUUGUGAACAACGAAGAAUGUGAAUUUGAAUUUGCUUUCACAGAAGACAGUAUCUUCUCUGCUGGAGUUCCUUCCAAGUUAAGAAUAGAACCAAUGUCAGGAACAGUGGCACCGAAAUCACGGUUUCCUAUCAGUAUACAUUUCCUGCCUUUAGUGUCAAAGAUUGUCAGCUUCAACGCAUCAUGCGUUGUGACAGGAAAGGCAACCCCUUUACAGCUGAACAUCAAAGGGGGAGGGUAUUCUGUGAACUGUGCUGUUUUCUGUGCUGAUUCAGAAGGGAUUGUCAUGGAACUUACUAAAACAGGCGACAAUGAAAUUGACUUUGGAUCUGUUGAAAUUAAUGAAAAGUCAACAAGGACUGUGGUUAUAUCAAACAGUUGUAAAAUUAAUUUUGAGUACAAGUGGGUCCUGAAUGAGAAAGCCAGUCAGUUGCUUAAAAUAACCCCUCUUUCGGGGUUUGUUAAGACUGGUUUCAAAAACGAGUCCAGGAUCGAUUUCUGCCCCAAUAAAAAACUGUCUUUGACUGGAUGUAAAGUUUACUUGAAGAUCUCCAAUGGACCAACUUACAACAUCUUCAUAACUGGUGACGCUGGUUUUCCAAACCUUGAGUUCUCGUUUUUAACAUACAACUUUGGUAACACCUUCAUUCACAAGGCAGGUAUGGAACAGAAGAUUGCUGUGCUUCAAGUUCGAAAUAACGACAAAAAGGAUAUUAGUUUGGAUUGUCUUUACACUCCAACCAAACAGUUAAUGUAUGAAUUUAAAGCCACCAAGAUUGAACCAAAGAAAAGUGUUACAAUCUCCUUUUCAUUUUAUCCAAGAAAACCUAUGAAAUAUACCGAAAGUGUUCCAUUCUUAAUAAAUGGUCUUUCAACUCAAAAUGUUACUUUCAUUGGUCGAGGUAUUGAAAUGCAGGUCGAAGUAGCAGAUAAUAGGAAAAUUGUGAGACUUGAUUCUCAUGAAGUAGGCAGUGUCAUUAAAAGGAUUGUUCCAAUUGUUAACCGAACUCCAGCUUCCGUUACAUUCAGUAUUGUUUGUACUCCAAAUUGUACUCAACUCAAAGAAAGUGGAGUACUGACCAUUUUCCCAGCAUCUUCCGUUUGUUUGGAACAGGCAGGAGUACAUCAACCAUUAUUCCUGAUUAGAGGAUUCUGUCUUGCAAUGGAAUUAAAUUUAGAAACCAAUUCCAUUCCUUUUGGUGCCAUUGUUCUGCAGAGUUCCAGCACACGCAAAGUUUCUAUCACCAACACUGGAGACAUCAACGUUAAAAUUCGGUGGGAUAUAGACAGGCUUUCUCCAGACUUUACCAUUUCUCCUGUGCAGUGUCAUAUGAUUGUUGGUAAGCAGGUUAUCUUUGAGGUGAUAUUUAAACCCCUGAAGAUACAGCGCGAUAUUCGUUAUAAGAAUAUCCCAUGCUAUGUGAAUGAAGGAGAAUACCCACCAUUGUUGCUGACGCUGACAGGAACUUGUACAGGGACACCAACUGUUAGGGAUAUUUGUAACUUCCAAACUCAUGUCCGACAAAAGGAAACCAAAAAUCUGAUUAUCAGCAACAAAACCAACCAACUUUGGGAGCUGAGACCAAUAAUUGAUGGAAUCUAUUGGCAAGGUCCUUUGAAAUUUGUUGUGGAACCCCAGGUCAGCAAAGCUUAUGAAAUUACCUACAAACCUAUGCGGAUGACUGGUCCUGAAAGCAAGAAACAUACGGGAUCCAUAUUGUUCCCACUGCCAGAUGGGACAGGCAUCUUUUACAAUCUAUUUGGCAUUGCUGAUCCUCCCAAACCUAUUGAUAAAAUUAUUCGAGACAUUCCUUACAAGACAAAGUACACAGAACUUCUUCCUGUAUACAACUGGAGCAAACAGACAAUAAGCUUCAAUGUGAAGAGGGAAGUCUAUAAAGCUGACAAACUUGAUCCCACCACAACAAUAACUGGUUUAGACUACAUUGAUGUCCCAGCUGGUUGUCAUAAGAAUUACAAACUGGAUUUUCAUGCUUACAAGGAAGGAGUCAGCUGCAUAAAAGUAAUAUUUACUCAUUUAGAGACAGGUGAAUACCAAUUUUAUGAACUGACACUCCGGUCGAUUAAAUCAGGAAGUAUGGGAAAUAUAGAACUUGUCACCCCAGUUCGCUCCAGCAUCCGACAUACGGUCAAAAUUGAGAAUCCGCUAACAGUUCCUGCUCAUUUUAAUUUCAAUACAAACGUCUCAGAGCUGAUAAUUCCUGCAAGUGCAGUUUAUAUUCCAGAACAAUCUGAAGGUGAGGUGACCAUUGAAUACCAACCGAUUAAAAUCGGUGAAGUAACUGGCAAACUGGAACUGUUCAGCUCCGAACUGGGAAAUUAUUUGUAUGAACUGAACCUGAAGGCCACGGCAGCAGGCUAUGAGAAAAGCAUCUACAUGCAGACUUCCCUUGGUCAGAUCAUCACCCAGGUGGCCAAGUUUAUUAACUACACCAAGCAGAAGACAGAUUACCUGUGCAAGGUGGAUAAUCCAGAUUUCCAUGUCGACAAA